AUGAAUACGGAGAAGGCGGCGAAGUUUCCCGCGGGAUCUCAGCUGCGAGUACUGGAUCUGAACUACGGCGCCGUGCGCAGCGUCAAGGCAGGAGCAUUCUCCACCCUGCGUCAGCUCGCCUUCGUCGGUCUCUGCGACAACCGACUCUCCCAGAAGGCGCUCGACGAGCUAGUGAGCGAGUUGCCGCUAGGUGUCGCUGAGCUGCUCGUCGGUGGCAACGACCUGGGGGAAGUGAAGGAGCGGCAGUUCAGUCGGCUCGCGAACCUAGAAACGCUUGACCUGCACCGCAACGCGCUCGUCUCUCUACCCGCCUGCGCCUUCUGUGGUCUCGACGAGUUAAGCGCCAUCUAUCUGCAAGGAAACGAGUUCCGACGCGUGCCGUCGGCGGCGCUGCAGUCGACGAAGCGUCUGCGACUGCUCAAUUUGUCGCACAACCCGCUGUGUCGCAUCGACGCCGUCGACUUCGCCGGCCUGCGUCGGAUGCAGUCGCUGCUGUUGCUAGGCUGCUGCGCUCCAAACGUCACCAUCGAUGACAACCCAGCAAGCUGCAUGCCCAACCUCACGUCAGUGCACAUCUCCACGGGAAAGUUCCCGCUGUCGCCCGCCGGCUCAGCGACGACGGAGUGCGAGGCGGCCGAGCAUUACGCGACGUCUUGCGACGACGGGGGCGGCACCGUCGGCGGGGUCACAGGCGGAGCGGGGAGCGGCCCGAGAGAUACGGCAGGAGCGAAGAGCGCUGUGUUAGUCGUGUUGCUUACGUUUGCGCGCGUCGUAUAUUCCACAUGAUACUGUAUAAGCGCCAUUUUAUGUAUAGAUUAUGUAAACUACGCCGCUUACAAUGUGAUGGUACCGUACUGGCUCGUUCUUAUAUAUACAUUUGCGUUUGUCACACGACUUAGUCUAUUAUGUAUUUAUCAUAUCUACUAGUUCGUUUAUUAUAUAUUUAUCAUAUCUGCGAGUUCGUAUAUUAUAUAUUUAUAAUA